AUGUCUGAUCACAAGGUAUAUCACAUUCAUCGAUUUAAUGAACAGGAUUAUCAUCUAUGGCGAAGGCAGAUGGAAAUUUAUAUGAACGAGAACAAACUUAAGCAAUAUAUUUUAGGAACCCUGACUAGUCCGAAUUCCGACUUUGUGACUUGGGAUGAAAAGGACGCAGAGGCGCAAGCUUUUCUAAUGCGUGUUCUGGAAUUGGGCCAGUUAAAAUAUUUGUCUGACUGCACAACGUCUGCUCAAAUGUGGUCUAGAUUUAGAACAGUGCAUGCAGAGACGAAUGAUCAAUCUGUACAGGUGCUUUUGGAUAGGUUCAUCAACUGCAGGAUGGAAGAAGAAGAAAGCAUGGCCGAUUAUGUCGCUAGGGUUAUAUCGCUUGCUCAGCGUUUGAAGGACAUGGACCUGGAGCAGAAGGAGCAAGUUGUAAUAGCGAGAAUUUUAGGUAGUCUACCAUCAAAAUUCGACAGUGUAAGAACCGCGUGGUAUGCUGUGCCACGGACAGCUGAAACGAUCGACAAGCUAACUGACCAUUUGGUUAACGAAGAGGCUCUUCUCAAGUCAAGGUCAAACGAAAGUGAACGUGCUAGUUCAUCCGAAGCUGCAUACAUGGAAAGUAGUAGCUGGAAGAAAUUAAAUAGAAAUAAUAAAAACUUGGGUAGUAGUUCAAAGCGCAGAGGUAAAUGCAAUUAUUGUUCCAAAGAAGGUCAUUGGGCUAGAGAGUGUCUCAAGAAACAGCGAGAUCAGCAGGGGAGAAACAAUGCUCAGUACUUUAUAGUCGAAUCUGGUCCAAAGGUUAAAACAUCCUCAUCUUUUACCGAUCGAGUACAGCUAUUUACAUUGGGUACAUCGAAAGCUUCUAAUAAAAUGCAAGAUGUUUGGUUUGCGGUCUCAGGAGCCACAGACCACAUGUCUUUUCAGAGGGAGUGGUUUAAGAAUUUCGUAACAUUUGACAACAAGAAUUUUCAUGUUCGAGUUGGUGAUGCCUCCUCAUUGAAUGCAGAAGGUAUGGGUGAUGUAGAUGUACAGGUAAUCAAUCAUGAAAGGUCAUCUCCAAUAUAUACCAUUAAAGACGUAAUUUAUGUACCACAAUUGGACAAGAACUUUAUAUCUGUGCAUAAGACAACAGAGAAAGGUUUCAGAGUCAUCUUUCAGGAAGGCGCCAACCGAGUGACUUUUGCAAAGAGUGGUCAGCUGGUUGUGGAUGGUUUCAGAGAUCGAAAGCUUUAUAAAAUGAAUCUAAAGCCAAUCAAGAAAAUGGAAGUUAAUUCCUUGUAUUCUGAAUCACCCAUGAUGCUGUGUCACGAGUGUUUUGGACAUGCGAGCUUCAACAAUUUGAAGGAGAUGUAUAGAAAUGACGUCGUCGAAGGUUUGAAUAUCAAACACAAUACCGAGUAA